AGUAAACCCUGCAAGCCUUGCCAUCGAUUGGAUUGCCGUCGAUACCUCUGAUCAGACGAGAUGCUCACAGUGACAUUGGCACGUCCCUCUAAUGACUCUGGGAGAUCCUUCCAUAUUGCUGAUGGCAUGUGCACAGAUUAGACAUGGAGAGUCCACACACAACGUACUAGCUCUCUGGUCGGGCUGCACGGAAUGUCCUCUCACGGAAAGAGGAACGCAGCAAGCACGCGCCGUAGGCGCAUACUUUGCAGACACACAAUUCACCAAGAUCUAUGCGUCUCCUCUACCCCGCGCACGGGACACAGCCCAAGCGGUACUAGACGCGCAACCCACACCCAAGCCUCCUCAUGAUUUCACCAUCACCGACAUCAGAGAGCAAAGCUUUGGAGCUGCAGAAGGGCAUCAGACAUGCGUACGGGAGCCAGGCAAGACACUCGAAGCUCACUUUGCGGAGGGAAAGUACCCGAUAUUAUAUGAAAGCGAGAAACACGUGGCAUUUCCUGGCGGGGAGUCGGUGGAGGAUUUGACGAGGAGGGGUGAGAAGGCAGUGAGGGAUGUUGUGCUUCCUCAUGUAGUGAAUGUUGCGAGGUCCGGGGGGAAUGAGCAUAUCGCACUUGUGAGUCAUGGGUUGUGUAUUGCGCAACUGGUGGGCGCAAUUGUGCGAUUGGGUGGGGGGACAUGGAAGCGAAAGGGACCCAUGGUUAAUACGGGGUGGGUGAGGGUAGAGGUGCGGAUUCAGGGUGAGGUGCCGCUGCAAGUUGCGGACGACGAGGUUCCUGCGAUAGAAGUGACAGUGAUAGACGAGGGCAGGACAGAUCACCUUGAAGGCCUUCUGGACGGAAGCUCACUUCAUGGCAUGAAAGCGAUUAUGGGUGGAGGAGUGGUUGAUGCAAAGAUCUAGAGCCCGAAUUUAGCGGAGGCUAUCGCGCAGACGUCCGUGGAUAAGUAGAGCUUGCACAUACAUCACGAAGACCGCUGGUUGCACUAACCGGAACCAUCAUAACUUAACUUAUGUAACCUCGGUUAAGAGGUUAAAUCGAUUUGCGACCAAGGAAACCCACAGGUGCCUCACACCCCUGAGACUAUAGCAUCUGCCAUAAUUGGAGCGCGGUGGUGGUUGCGCUGAAGCUUGAAGCUCUAGAAAUUGAAGGAGACUAUGAUAUAUCUAUUUCAUGCCUUCAGAUGUAGUUUUCAGAUACGGAGCUUUUUUGAAAAUCCUAUGUAUUGGC